AUGGAGAAAGAAGAGCCGGGCCUCCGCAGCGAGGACAGCACUCCUUCGGGAAGUGAUCUGGAUGCCGUGGCUGCAGAAGUCGUACAGGACUUUCCAGACGGAUCGGCAAGCUGGAUCAACAGCGGCCACGUACAGCGAAUGCUCCGAGCCACCGAAGGUGAUGAGGAGUUAGCUGUCAAGAAGCUGAAAGAGUCGGUUGUUUGGAAGCGAGACACGCUGGAUGGUUGGUUGGAUUCGCAGGCAGAAAGCUUGCCAACCGCAGAAACUCGAGUCAUCGCGAUCGGGAAGGAGUCGAGGCCUUUGGUCUACUCGGGCUGUGUGAACCAGCGUCGAGGAGAAGUCGCUGGUAUCAUUCUGGCGUGCGUCUGGCACAAGGCCUUGGAGGAAGCUGGGCCUACAGCUCAACUGGAUUAUGUGCUGGACGCGCACGGCUACCAGCCACUUCUGAACUUGAACGUCAUGCCGUACCUCAACGUCGCCGGCAGCCUGAACUCCUAUUUUGCGGAACGGUUCCACCGGAUAGUUUUGCUGGACAUGCCGACGGUGAUGUCGGUGCUCAUGAAGGCAAUCAUUCCAAUUCUACCCCAGAAGACGAAGGAGAAGCUCUUUUUCGUGCGACGAGAUCAGCCAGAGUCCUUGAGUGCUUUGCAUGAUCUCUGCGAGAACCAGGAGAUGAAGGGUAUGCUGCAGCAGCUCCUGAAAAUGAACGGAGAGGCGACGUCCAGCGAAGGCCGAGAAGAGACGCAUCGUCUGACAAGCGACUUCCUUGCUUCUCAACGCGCGCGCCACGCGCGAAUUAUUCCCGAGCCGGAGUGA